CUGAGUGAAACGCAACAUGGUCGCCUGAGGCCGGGGCGGGGGCGUGGGGUGGGUGCAGGGACGCGGUCCCUCUUUCGUACUGCCCCAGCGAAGCCGGCCACGAGCAGCAGCAGGAGAAAUUUACACUGGCGGCGGCCAUGGCGGAGACCGGCUCCGUGCACGCCACCCGCUUCGAGGCGGCCGUGAAGGUGAUCCAGAGCCUCCCCAAGAACGGUUCAUUCCAGCCAACGAAUGAAAUGAUGCUCAAGUUCUAUAGCUUUUAUAAGCAAGCGACCCAAGGACCCUGUAACAUUCCACGACCUGGAUUUUGGGAUCCAAUUGGUAGAUAUAAAUGGGAUGCUUGGAGUGCCUUGGGAGACAUGUCCAAAGAAGAAGCCAUGAUAGCCUAUGUUGAAGAAAUGAAAAAGAUUCUUGAGAGUAUGCCAAUGACGGACAAAGUUGAAGAAUUACUACACGUAAUAGGCCCAUUCUAUGAAAUAGUAGAAGAUAAAAAGAACAGAGGAUCUGACCUAACCUCAGUUCGAAUGGAGAAAGUCUCUAAGUAUUUGGAAGACCUUAGUAACGUCAUGAAUUCCACUCCAAAUGUAAAGGCUGUGAAUGGAAAAGCUGAGAGUAGUGAUAGCGGAGCAGAAUCAGAAGAAGAUGGGCUUCGUGAAGAGGAAGAAAAAGAACUGCAGCUAAAUGGGAAGGAAUUUAAAAAUGUAAAACCAGAAUCGGUGACUGCUAAGGAUUUGGAAAGCAUUGUUACUAAUGGUUGCUACGAGGACAACUUAAUCCCAGAUACACAGAAUGGCAUCCAGACCAAAUCUCUCCUAAAUGGCUUGGACUCGGAGGAAGAAAUAAAGAAAACAGAGCCAAGCCUACAACUAGCUAAUGACAGCGCUCACCAAGGUGCAAAUGAAGAGAAUGCUGAAGAGGUCUCAGCAACUCAGCACUUAACCAGUGAUUCAGACAGUGAAGUUUAUUGUGACUCCAUGGAGCAACUUGGACUAGAAGAGCCCUUGGAGAUCAUCACAUCAGCUAAAGGAUCUUUAAAGCAUUCAUCCCAUUUCAUGGAUGUAGAUCACAGUCUUUUGUUAGAAAAUACGGAUUUUCCAAGGCACACUUGCAUGACUUACGGGAGUCUCCAAUCUGGAAAUACUGCAGAAGGAGCAGCUCAAGAACAAGGUGAAGUCAAAUGUGGAGGAGAAGAUGGCAAAGCCGGUAAUGGGGGCCCUCACAAGGAGAAGAAAGGUGGAGAAAAAGCAGAUUUCUACAGUGUCAGAAGAGGGAGAGGGCAUAGACUUCAGCCUCUAGGCGAUGGUUCACAAGGUGGACAGAUGGGUAGUGGAGAUGGAGAUGGAGAUGGAGAGCGCUGGGGAUCAGACAGAGGACCAAGGAGUAGCCUCAAUGAACAGAUUGCAGUAGUGCUGAUGCGGUUACAGGAAGACAUGCAGAAUGUCCUGCAGAGGUUGCAUAUGCUGGAGGCGGUUACAGCAUCACAGGCAAAAUCUGCAACCCUACAGUCAAAUUAUCAGCCCACCUCCUCUGACAAGAAACCAUCGUGGUGGCCCUUUGAAAUUUCUCCUGGUGUUUUAGCUUUUGCUAUUGUAUGGCCAUUUGUUGCCCAGUGGUUGGUACAUGUGUAUCUUCAAAGAAAGCGAAGAAAACUGAACUGAGAAUUCAUGACUUUACUUAAAGACUUGGAGAAGAUGGCCCCGGCAAGCGAAGGAAUUCUGAAUUCUCAUAGAAUCUCAGGACCCGGGAUGCGGUUCCGUCUGUUGUAGUAACAUUUUGUACUACCUUUGAGCGAGACAUUUAAGGACUAACAUUAUUGAAACUUGAAUGAUUCACAGCUCCUAGGUUACAAGUAAAAUUAAUUUAAUAAUGCCAUCCUCGAAACCAUAUGAACAUUAAUUGUUUUGGAAUGUGCUUGUGGAUGGACCUUCGGUAAUUCCUGAUCUUGCUGAUGUCAGAUGAUGGAGGGAAUAUCGUCUUGGUAAAGGAAUUCUUUGAAAAGAAUAAGUGUAAAACUGUCACUUUAACUUAGAAAUAAUUUUACACUCACGACCUCCUGCCUGUUUUUCCCCAGGGUUAUGUAUUACCAGAUGAAAGCACUAAUAAUGUAUGGCUUUGAUACAUUGUAAGCUGUUGGAAAAAUACAAUAUAGCUAUGAGGAAUUCAGCUGGUUACUUUUCCUGCAAAACCAGUGGGAGGCAAAUCUUAAUGAAAAUUGGUUAGAAAUUAAGUUGAAUCCUUCAUUUAUCCUUUAAGAUUUUAAAGGAGAUUCAGAAAUUGAUAACUGUCUUGAAAGUCAGAGCCAAUAAUAAGAGAGGGACCGUGAAAUGUAAGUUUGGAAGCGGUUUGUGGUACAAGGAAUCCUCCUACAGAGGCUGCACCUUAUAUUCUUAACUUUGAUAACUGUACCCUUGUUGACAACAGAUUGUUUUAACUGAAGCAGUUUAGGCACGAGGUGCUUUACAAUGAGAUGAAAGCUCUGUGAGUGUCUGUGAGACUAAAAAGCUUGGUGCGCUCGAAGUUUUCUGUUGUCAGUUUAUGUCAA